AAACCUCGAAGUGCUUUUCAUUUAGGAGAUACUGGGGAGAGGGCAGCGAGACUCCUGCCUGCACCCUGGGUCUGGAUUGCGCCUUCUCAAUCCUGGUUUCUUAAUUCCACCUCCACUUCUACCUGGGACCUCUGCACUUGGAGGAAUUUUGCUCCCAAUUUGCACACUGAUUAGCCAAGAGUGGAACAUUGGAAGAGAUGCAGGCAAGAAAAAGAAAUUAAACCAGGGAGCAAUAGGGGCACAAAAUGAAGGGACGGGACCAAAGCAAGACUGAAAUCCAGCAGGGCAAAUGCAGGGAAGGAAGCUGGGCGAGGGGGGUCUCAGCAGCGGGAGGCACUGAGAAGGACCUGUAGGGUCUGGCCUCAGUUGCCUCUUUAGCAGAGAACAGAAUGACACAUCAGAAGGACAGUUUGACCAGUCACUCACCCUCAAGCGGCCCAGGCUACUGUUUUGUUAAUCCGUGUUACAAUCCACCUACCUCUUCGGACUCCGGAAGAUCGUUGUCUCCUGGAAUCUCUUGAGCCACAGGCAUUGCUUUGCCCCAGGUCGCUGAGGGGAAGGGAGUUGUCCAGGUCUCCCAACUGGUAAACAGGCCUGAGGAGCAAUGCAACAGGCGUGAUGGAGGUCGAGUCCUCCUACUCGGACUUCAUCUCCUGUGACCGGACGGGCCGUCGGAACGCUGUCCCUGACAUCCAGGGCGACUCGGAGGCUGUGAGCGUGCGGAAGCUGGCUGCAGACAUGGGCGAGCUGGCACUGGAAGGGGCAGAGGGCCAGGCGGAGGCCAGUACCGCAGACAAGGAGGCCGGCAAGCCACCUGAAAGCAGCGACGGGACCGCCUCACCUUGAGAGAGCCUGCUGUCCCCUCCGGAACCAACCCUGGCACUGGUCCAACCUCUUCUCUGAGCCCAUGUCCCAGGUCAGACAGGCCGGCCUGAGAGGCCCCUCCGAGGCCUCCGUGGCCCCUACUCUGGGAAAGCCCUCUGCCCGCCCUCCUGGGCUCCACAUGUCCCCCUCCUCUCUGAGCCCAGGCACAUCUGAAGAUGCUGUAACCACGGGGUGUUAUUAUUCAGCUGGCACUAGGCGUGGGCCAGGCCCUGCCUACCUGGGAGCAGCCAACGUGGGCACACUUCUUUCAUGGGUGGCCUGGACAGGGACUGUAUCCCACCCAGCAACCCCUCCUGUCACCCCCUGCCUUCUCGGUCAAGACCUUCUUACCCUUUUGUAAAAAACACUUUUAAACUUUUUAAAAACUUCAGACCUUUUUCAGCAGAGAGGAAGGGAGCUGACAAUCACUGCACAUUUUUGGAGCCACUUUAAGCUCAACUGACCAUCUACGCAGCUCUGGGCUUCCUGUGUGGAGCUUCACAGAUCUGGUUUUAGGGAAGAGAUUUUGGCUCAAGACUAAAUGAGCAAUUCUUUGCCCUUUUUAUUAAGAUAAGUGACACUUAGACCCCAGGAAAUAAAUGAUGAUUUGUGUGA